UUUUGCUGAUACGCUUUUCCACCCGCUGUUUGCCUAAUAACAAGCUAGUUUAUACUUUUUUUUUCAAUGGGAGUACCAGCAUUCUUUAGAUGGCUGUCAGACAAGUUUCCAAAAUGUGCUAGUCAAGUCAUCGAAGAACAAGCUACCGUCGUGAAUGGCGUCGUUAUACCGGUCGAUACGACAAAGCCCAAUCCGAAUGGCGAAGAAUUCGAUAAUUUGUACUUGGACAUGAACGGUAUCAUUCAUCCUUGCUGUCAUCCUGAAAAUAAGCCUGCUCCGGAGACCGAAGAUGAUAUGAUGAUUGAAAUUUUUGAAUAUUUGGAUCGCAUUGUCGACAUUGUCCGACCUCGCAAGGUGCUUUACAUGGCUAUCGAUGGUGUGGCCCCUCGAGCUAAAAUGAAUCAGCAACGAUCCCGUCGAUUCCGUGCUGCGCAAUUGGCUCAAGCGGAGCGUGAGGCAGUAGACAAGGUUCAUCAGGAACUCGCAGCUAUUGGUCAAGAGCAUCAAUUACCAGAGAAAAAGGCCCACUUUGACUCCAACUGUAUCACUCCCGGUACCGGUUUCAUGGAUCAUUUAGCUACCUGUUUACGUUAUCACAUUGCAGCAAAACAAAACAGUGAUCCUCUGUGGAAAGAUCUGAAAGUGGUCCUUUCUGAUGCUACCGUUCCCGGUGAGGGUGAACAUAAAGUGAUGGAAUACAUUCGAGUCCAACGAUCGCGUCCCGAACAUCAACCCAACACUUCUCAUGUUAUUUAUGGUCUUGAUGCGGAUUUGAUCAUGUUGGCGUUGGGAACGCAUGAACCCCAUUUCAAGAUUCUGCGUGAAGAUGUAUUUUUCAAUCAGGGAAGCAAGAAGAACUGCUUUGUAUGCAAUAAACCCGGUCAUUCGGCCGCACAAUGCACAGCAAAUGCUCGUUCCAGUGCUGCGGCUGCUGGUGAAGCGCCCCCGCCCAUGUCAGAGGAAGAAAAGAAAUCCGAAUUGAAACCUUACGUCUUUCUGCAUGUCAACAUUCUAAGAGAAUACUUGGAGCAUGCCUUAAAGUUUAAUGUCCCCGGUAUUCCCUGGGAUCUGGAACGGGCCAUUGACGAUUGGGUGUUCCUUUGUUUCUUUGUCGGUAAUGAUUUCUUGCCGCAUUUACCUUCUCUGGAAAUCAGAGAAGGCGCUAUCAGCACCCUGAGCAUUCUGUGGAAACAAUGCAUGCCCAUGAUGGGUGGCUACAUGACACACAAUGGCGAGGUCGAUUUGCAACGCGUGCAAAUCCUCGUCACCGAAUUGGGCAAAAUGGAAAAUCAGAUCUUCCAAGACAGACGCGACAAGGAAGAACGUCGAUCAAGAAAUCAAAAGCGACGUAAACUGGAAACGGAGCGUCGAAAGGCCCAAUUCGAGCAAGGCGUUCCUGCCGGUGCUCCUUCGUUUGCCGAAAUGACCGCCGCCCCUGUCAACGAUCCCAGUGCAGGCAUGACCAACAGCGAGAUUGUCGCGAAUCGCGCCAGUUUGCGCAUGGCCAAUGAACAAGCAGCGAGUGCGUUGAAAGCGCAAUUGCUGGGUGCUACAUCGUCUGAACCAACAUCAUCCGAAGCGCCAGAACAGGUUGAUACAUCCAUGUCGGACGCCACAGUGACAAGUGGACAUAAACGAAAAGCCGAUGAAGCAGAGAUUGAUGAUGAAGAUACAGAUCAAGUCAAUGAGGAUGACGAUGAUGCACCGGAUACAGCCGAAGGAACAGAUUUGGAAGCGGCCGGUAAAGCGAUCCUAGAUCGUGUAGCUGCUGAUAAAAAAGCGCACGACGAUGCCGCACGAGAACGUGAACCAGACGAUGCUGUACGAUUAUGGGAAUCAGGAUGGAAGGAAAGAUAUUAUAAAAUGAAAUUCCAUAUUCCACUGGAAGACCGUGAUGCCAUUCAAGAUAUUGUAAAAUCCUACUGCGAAGGGUUAUGUUGGGUGUUCAAGUACUAUUACACGGGUUGUGCGUCCUGGUCAUGGUAUUACCCCUAUUACUAUGCACCGAUGGCUUCCGAUUUUGUCAAUAUCGAUGCCUUUGACAUCAAAUUCGACCUCAGUGCUCCCCUGCGGCCUUUUGAACAGCUGAUGGGUGUAUUGCCGCCAGCCAGUCGUGAUCAUAUUCCUACCGCAUUUCAUCAUCUCAUGAUCGAUGAUAACUCUCCCAUUCUUGAUUUUUAUCCCACAGAAUUCGAAGUGGAUAUGGAUGGCAAAAAGUGGGAAUGGCAAGGUGUGGUGAAGCUACCGUUCAUUGACACAGGACGUUUGUUGGAGGCAAUGGCAACGGUUUACGAUCAAUUGUCAGACGAAGAACAACAUCGCAAUUCGGCUGGACCUUCCAUUCUGUACGUCAGUGAAAACCAUAAAUUAUAUAAUUACGUCAGCACCGUGUACACAAAACGAUCCACGGAAGAGCAGAUGCCACUUGAUCCCCGUCUCAGCGAUGGUAUGACAGGAUCCGUCGAUCGCGAUCCUGAAUGCAUCCCACGCAGCACACUACGUAGCCCAUUGCCGAACCAUGAUCUGUCAGACAUUGCCAACGAUAAAUCAAUAAGUGUGGAAUACUUUCUUCCUCAGAACCCGGAAGGUUACGUUUACUCCACGGCCUUACUGCGCGGUGUCAAGCUUGACGAGCCUGCGCUGAAUUACAAAGAUCUUCAGUACGCGACUUUUGAAAAGAUUGAACAUAAUCGCCAUCAAGAGAAUCGUGGCUGGGUUCCGCAGCUUCAACACUUGGAAGAAUACAGAGAAUACAACAACCGAAUCUAUCGUGGUCGUUACAACCAUAACCGAGGAAAUUACGAUGGCGGUUACAACGAUCGAGGCGGUUACCAGGGUGGAGGUUACAACGAAGGUUAUAACGGCGGCGGUUAUCGCGGUGGCUACCGUGGUGGUCACGGUGGUUACGGCGGCUAUGACGACGGUUCCCGCUACCCGCAACAAGGUUACUAUAAUCACAAUGCACCGCCAAGACGUGGUGGAGGACCCAGAGGAGGUGGCUACCAAGGAGGCGGACCUCGCUAUGGAGGAUCCCAGCAAUGGGGAUACAACCAGCAACAACCGUAUGGCGGAUAUGACGGCGGCUACCGAGGUGGCUCCAAUGGUCCAAGACGAGGCGGUUACCGUGGCGGUGGCGGUGGCGGUGGCGGUGGCUAUCAGCAAGGCAACAAUGGCCGCGGAGGCGGCUAUCAACAACGUCGAGGAGGUCGCGGUUAUCAGCCUUAUUAUUAAUCCCCCCAUGACUCUGUACUAUGAAUGUGUAUAAAAAUCAAGGCCAAAAAAUACGUAAUGAUUCUUUUUUUAGUUAUUGAACAAUAAAAAAAAAUUUUCAG